CUCGGUCAGACAUCCCGUCUCAUCUCUGUGGGUCUUUAAACGGAUACUGGCUUUUUCUCACAUCUGGCCAGCGUCUCGAAUGAUUGCUUAAAUCACCGCGUUACUUGCGAACAAGUUUGAUUCACACUCAGUCGUACGAACUGGUGCGAAUCUUGAGUAAUUCUGGAGGAUUUGUGUACUGGGGUACUGAUCACAUGCGCGCAAGGCUGCAAGGUCUGGGCGAGCUUAGCCUGAUAGAAGUCGUGACAUCGGAAGGAAGUGGGAAGGAAUCGCAAGAGGAGAGCAAGGACGAGCAGGAUAGAAGCCGGUUAUAGGAUUUGGUUGUGAGAAUGUCGCCUUGGGGGAGGAGUGGUGGAGUAGAUUCAAGACUGGGAAGUUUCUCCAAGAGACGGUGGAAGAACAAACCCCCGGUCCCAGAUAGUCCUACCACGGUGCUGUCUGCAGAAAGUUCCACUGAGUCGAGUUCUACCACGAGCUCGGAUUCAGAGAUGGUUGCUAGGAUUCGGGGCACGCCGGCUCCCGCGUGUAGUUUCGAGGCUAUCAACAGCAACACUUGGACGGUUUCGACAGACAGGCGUAGUGACUUACAAGUGGAGGUUAACGAUGUUACCUUCCAUCUACACAAGCUUCCGAUUUUAUCAAGGAGCGCGCUGUUGAGUAGACUCGCUGAUAAGUUCGGCGAUUCGGAGAUGGCAUGCAUCAGCUUGGGGUCGAUUGCAGGGGGUGCCGAGGCGUUUGCCCUCGCUGCGAAGCUUUGCUAUGGUAUCGACUUGGAGCUCUCACCCUCGAAUGUGGCAGGCCUUCGUUGCGCUGCAGAGUAUCUUGAAAUGACGGAGGAGCUUGAAGAAGGUAAUGUGAUAAGUAAAUCGGAGGCCUACUUGAGCUCCGUGGUUCUGACCUCAUGGCAAGAGUCUUUCACCGUACUGCAGUCUUGCGAGCACCUUGUGCCCGAAGCUGAAGAGUUACGGAUUGUGCAAAGAUGCAGCGAAUCGAUCGCUUGCAAGGCAUGUUUGGAGCCUCACAAAGUAAGGUGGUCAUCUGCAAGAUCUGCUGUAAGUUUCAAGCCAGCUGUGACAGAAAAUUGGUGGUAUGAAGAUGUCACCUCCCUUUCUCUCUACUGCUUCGAGAAAGUGGUUACGGCCAUGCAAAUGAACCUCAUGAGUGCCGUCCUCAUUGGCGGCGCCCUGGAGCUCUACGCCCAGAAGUGGCUCCCAGGUGUCUUGAAAUGCACACCCGAGAACACUCCCAAGGAUUCUCCUCGACUAUCCGCAAGCCGCCCAAGUUCUCCUGCCGGAGACUCAUCUCCUGUGCACGAGUUCCCAUCCCCCACGAGAGGGUCCCCUGUUCAUGUCAAGGACUCAAAUGCUCCCGAGAGCGCUGCGAGAUUACAUGAUGUCAUUGCGGAGCAGAACAGGAAUCGUUUCGUCAUCGAGAAGAUCGUGUGCAUGCUACCCCAGCUGAAGGACUCAGUGCAGUGCAGCUUUCUGCUUCGAAUGCUGCGAGCAGCCAACAUGUUUAACUGCUCGGCUGAGUGUCGGAUGGAGCUCGAGACAAAGGCGGGUCACCAGUUGGAUCAGGCUAGCUUGAGCGACUUGCUCAUCCCCUCAUUCUGCCAUACAAGCGAAUACCUCUAUGACGUGGAUCUCGUGCGCCGUCUUUUGGAGCAAUUUUUGGUUCAGGAACAAGGGUUAGGAUCGGGCCUGAAGAACAAGUUUUUCAAUAGGAGAAUUUUUGGGAAUCUGUUUUUGAGCGCUUCCUCCAAGCAGCAGAUGCAGGCAGUGGCCCCCAGCGCGAGAUCAAAGCUAGUUGCCAGGCUCAUGGACGCUUACCUAGCCGAGGUAGCGCGCGACAGCAAGCUACCCUUGACGAAGUUCCUUCUGCUCGCCGAGGCUGUGCCAGUUGCGAUGAGGGUGUCGGAUGAUGGGCUUUACAGGGCAAUUGAUACGUAUCUCAAGAUACAUUCUAGCAUGGGAGAACAUGAGAAAAAGAAGCUCUGCCGGAUACUGGACUGCCAGCGCUUCUCCAUAGCGGCAUGCAUGCAUGCUGCGCAAAACGAACGCCUGCCUCUUCGAAUUGUUGUCCAGGUCCUCUUCGGUGAGCAGCUCAAGCUAAGAGAAGCCAUUACUGGGAUAAGACAAUCGAUCGAGGAGGAUCACGGAGCUGUCCAAACUGGACAGCCCAGGCACGACGAUUCCGUGGAUUCGAUAGGAAGCCAGCAAGCGAUGCUAGAGACUACAAACCAAAUGGAGAUAAGAGCGCUGCAGCAUGAGCUUUCCACCAUGAGACACAUGUACUCAGAACUGGAGCGAAAUCAUACAGCCAUGAUGAAGAUGAUCGAAAAAUUGUCAACGACGAGGCCGCGGAGAAAUUCAGGCUCCGCAUGGACUCCUUGGAAGAAACCCAGUAAAGGUGACCGAUGCCAGAAGUUUCCAAUCAAGGCUGACCAUGACUCCUCAUCAUCGGGCUCGAGAGCGCGCACGACGAACAAUCAAAGAUGGCGAAACUCGAUCUCGUAAUCUCAAAUGUAGUUCCAUCUAUUCCUUUGUAAGUCUGUUCAUAUUGUACUCUGGGUCUUACACCCACUACUCAGGUAGCGUUAGAGACAAGCAGGCGAACCCUUAACCCUAGCACAGUUUUGAGGGACGGCGAUAUGUGGCUUGAUGGUCAAUUUUCAUGCCACAGUGAGUAGUGGAGUAACAGCAUGCUAGGCGAGGGGGCGUAUGUCAUUGUACAUACUUGUAUUUCUAAAUUUAGACGACGGAAUGAGCAAACUACUCACCGUCCCAUCAUCCGCGAGUUGACUUUUUUGUUUU